ACUUAAAGUAGUGCGGAAUACAAAUCAACCUGUUGAAAAGAUCUAAAAAAAUGAAGCCCAAUUACAUCAACUCGGAUAUGUAUAGAUGACUUUUAACACCAGGCCCACUGAGAGCAUCAGCAAUACAAUACAAUACAAAAAAACACAGCACAGUAGAGUACAUUACAUAAACCUUUGUAGCUAUCAGAGAGGGAGCUGUAAUGUAAAGCUGAUAAUACAUGCUCUCUUAGCAACCCUUCACUCCAGGCGUCAUGCUCUCUGACUAAACCAAAACAACAUUUCAGAAAACUUUCCCAUCAGCUGCUUCUGUGUGUGUGAGUACAAGAGUCCAGGAUGGUGGUCUUCAAACAAACACACCUGAGGUUGGCCUAAGCCGAGAAGCAGGGGAAGGAGGGAUAGCAAAUUGGAGUUCUCCCUAAGAGGAUUAACGCAGUCGUUAGCCAGCCUCAGGGCUCGUCAAUGGAUUCCCGGUCCGCCGGUUGACACACAACUCACUGCGGCUCCAUGACAUAGUGUGCAGGACCCAGGGUGACAAGUGGGAGAUAAUGGAUCUGGUGCCUUUCAGAGGACGAUCUGAAUUGAUGAGACGUGGGGCUUAAAAGUGGAGUACAGGAUGACCUUUGCUUGUUGUGACAUGUUGGGAGCGCGUGGGAAUCUGUCGCAGGGAUGGCACCGGAGAGCGGUUUCCUGAGGACGGUUGUUGACAGGCAGGUUCUGACAUGAAGACAAGACCUGCAGGGAUCGGCAAUGUCAAUGCCGACUGGAUGGGCUCGCUCCCCUCCAAGCUCAGUGCCAUGCCUCUCAAGCACCUCGCCGUGCCUGGGUCUCAUGAUUCCUUUACCUACUGGGUGGAUGUGCAUGCUCCUGUGGGCCCGGACCAGAAGGCAUAUGUUAAAUACCUGGCCACCAUGUUCAGCGUCUUAGCCAAGAAAGUCAUGGUGAAGUGGUCCAUGACUCAGAAUCUAUCAUUCAAAGAGCAGCUGGACGCAGGAAUUCGCUACUUUGAUCUCAGGGUUUCCUCCAAACCAGGUGAGCCUGGGAAAGAGAUUUACUUCAUCCACGGCCUGUUUGGCCACAAGGUGAGGGACGGCUUGUUAGAAAUUAACUCCUUUUUAGUCACACACAGGAAAGAGGUAGUGUUUCUAGACUUCAACCACUACUAUGCAAUGAGCGCAGAUCAUCACACCUACCUCAUCAACAUGCUGCAAGAAGUGUUUGGCAGCAAGCUUUGUGACAACUGUGCGGUCGAAGGCGUUACCUUGGACUACCUCUGGGAGAAAAAGUACCAGGUAAUUGUGUUCUACCAUCAUGCAUCAGGUAACGACAGCCCCAUCAUGUGGCCCGGCAACAAGAUCCCUGCUCCCUGGGCAAACACCACCGAACCUCUCAAGCUCAUGCAGUUCCUGGACACCACGCUGAAGGAAAGAGCAAAGCAGGGUGCCUUCCACGUGUCCCAGGCCAUCCUCACACCCAGACCCAACACCGUGGCGAAGGGUCUGGUAUGGGGGCUACGGAACUACCUGGUGGAGAGAAACCUGCCAACCAUCAUGUCCUGGGUGGAGGCUCAGAGGCCGGGGGCGGACGGGAUCAACAUCAUCACCUCUGACUUUGUGGAACUCACUGACUUUGCCAACAUUGUUAUCAAACUCAACAACCUGCUGAUGUCUGAACAGGACAGAAAGACAAGAUGACUCGCCUCUGCAGAUUCACACAGUGCUGAAGUCCUGCAAAGUGGUUUCAUAAGAGGCUUCUGUUAAUUUAUUUUUAUUAAUGAUAAAAUAUGGAAUGAUUAUGGAUGUAAUGGGGAAUUUGACAAGGAUUCAUCGUCUUAAACAAGUAAUCUGAAGAUACACAGUGUGGAAGGAUUCAGGGAUAGUGUAUGAAACAGAGACUCUGAAUGAAAAGCAUUAAGGCUGAAAAACUCUAUAUAAAACUUUUGGAUGCAGGAAACUCUCUCAGCCCUAACGUCCAGUGAAAAGUCCAAAAGAUGGACAGAAUCUGUUGCUGGGAUCACAGCGCAGAGACCCGGUGGCUUUUUAUUUUGUUUGUAUAGUGUCAUGAAAAUGUCGCCCAAACCCUUUCAUACCACCGCUGAUUUUAUCUCUGGAUCCUUAUUCAUGUUUGGAGCAAAGCUGGAAAUGCAUAUCAGAUUGCUUCUGUCCAGUGGCAAAGCAGAACCCCACAGAACCUUACAGACAGCGACCCAGACAAUGACAAUAUGUAUCAGUAAAUAUCUGUAAAUAUAAAAAAAGUUAUUUAUGUAAAUUAAAGAUCUUUACUUGGUCUGGAUGUAUUGGUAUUUAUGGUUUUAAGUUAUUGGAACUUGGGUACAAAGAAGGGAUCAGUUUUAAAAGAAACCAGGUUUAGAGAGAGUCAAUGUUUUGUUAAAAAAUAGGGAGAUUUGAAGACAAAUGCACAUUGCUCACAUUUUAUUUUCAGCACAGCUGUAUCUAUAAACACGAGGGCAGUGAGCCAAAGUUUGGUUUCUAAUUCUAACUAUGCACUUGUUUUUCUGAUCAUUAAAUGAACAUAAAGGGAAAA